AUGCCUCAACCCCGUUGGGAAAACCCGCAGCUCUCGGUCGGCGCACCGCACGCGUCUCUUGAUAUCUUGGGCCGAUACAAAUGCUGGUCGCUCAAAGACGAAAGUCCCGCCCAUAUUGUGUGGAAGACGGUGUCCAAAGCCAUUAUCAGCCUGCUUGAAGAUCGGUACGAACACCUCGAUGCUGGGGGCUCGGACUUGAUGGUGGAGAUGUUUAUGAUCGGGCGCAAACCGACAAGUUCUAGUCCCACGAUUCUAUUCAGUUGCGAGAGCAAAACUUGUCGUCAAAAAGCUAUGGUGUUAGUUCGGAAGAAAUGGAUACUGGCAGACCACCCGGGUGUUUUGAUGGCAGAGUGUUCGAAACUGCCACGGCCCCUGGCUUUAGAUGAGGAAACUGAUGCGCCACGACUGCCUCCUGGCGUUUAUCUGAAUGGACCCUUACAAAGUUUUGGCACUUCUGUUCUCAUCUACUCGGAAGAGGGAAAGCUACCACGAAAGGCAACUAUCGGCGGCAUUGUCACCAUCGAUCACGAACUAUUCGGCGUUACAGCUGCGCAUGCAUUCUUCCCGACGAAGGAGGAAGAGGACAGUGGCAGUGUAGACCUCGAGUUUGCAUUUUUCGGUGAUGAAGAGCCGUACGACAGCGGGGAUGACGAAGACCUGUUUGAAUUGACUAGUCAGGCUAGCAUGUCUUCCGGAUCCAGUCAAUCACCGGGCAUGGAUGAGAGCGAGUACAGUUUUCAGGGAUAUGUCAGCUCAAGUUCGGAUUCAACCUUGAAUGAGAGGGUAAUGCCGGCGAGAGAUAAAGCAGUCAUUAACAUAAAUGGCGAGGAGAAGACAGUGAGGCAAAAGCUUGGUGAGCUCUUUGCCUCUACAAAAGCUGGGGACCGUCUUGACUGGGCUCUGAUCAAGAUCCGGCAUUCACCAUUUAUAUCCCAAUUUACCCAUCUCCAACUUAUUAGCAACAUGUUUUGGGAGAAAUCGAUAUACCCAAGAUCCAUUGGAAAUGCCACAUCCGAUGUGCGGGUUCUUAUUUUCACUGGUUCAGAUGGUGUUGUUGAAGGAAGCCUAUCUGGGGUCACUUCUUUUACACUCAACUCUAAAGCUCACAAAUUUCAAUCAUUGCUGACGGUGCGACGUUUAGUUGGCAAAUUUUCCGAUGGGGACUGUGGAUCCUGGGUCUUUGACAAAGAAACUGGAGAUGUAUACGGACAUGUUGUGUCUGGAUAUCCAUCAACUGGUAUGGCUUACAUUGUGCCGUCGGUGCAAAUCUUCCAGAACAUUCAGCACUGGAUUGGCAAGCCUGUUGAGCUAUUCGCGCAUACAGUAUUUGAAUCGCGAGCUAAUGAUCCUGAAAAUUCGGAUUCAACGAUACGCGAGACAAUCGUUCACGAUUUUGAUCCUCCUCGACCACGGAGGAGACUCUCAAACACAUAUGAGCAUGCAGAUGGGUUCCCAAGUCAACCUCCGGAACCUAACCACUCGAGCGAAACAGAACCUCCCGCUCCUCAAGUAUCUGCCAAAGCACCCGUCAUUCCUCGGCCAGCAUAUGUGGUCGACGCCGACGACGACGGGAAGGAAGUAAGCGGAACUAGAAGAAGUGCCAGCAUAAAGAAGCAAAAAUCCAAGCCGACAAAAUCCUCCAAGGGGAAGGACAGGGUGGAAACAAAACCAGAAAUUUCCCGUUAUGAUGCCCGCUCGAAGACACCAUUGGCAUCCAAUCGGAGCAAUAGCUCGGGAUAUGCAUCGAUAUCCUCGCGAAACUCUACCGCUCCAUUCGUGUCUACUUAUAUUCCAGAUAUAGAAGAGGUUGACGACGAGAUGGAGGGUGGAGUCAACAAAGACCCAUCGAAGAGGAAAGCGAGACCACGGCUAUUGGAAUUGAAAGACAAACCCCUCGGUAUCCCGCCGUCACUCAAUACCGGGUACCCCACGCUUCCACCAAUACCUAUACGUCCUCGGGCAACAACUGCACAUAUGUACCAAACACGCCCAUUAAGCUACCAUGCCACGUACAGGGCCGCGGAUGGAUAUAGCCGCCCUCCUUUGUCCGCUUCUGCAUGGGCCAAUUACCAGCCCGCAGAAAGAGACCUCCCGUUUAUUGAGGAUGUUAUUCCACAAAUGGCUGCACAUUUAGAUUUCCGACCACCAACGGAGCUGGGAUACUCGUUCGCUGAAGAGGCGCAAGAUGACGAUGGAUAUGCUUCUGCACCAGAAGGAUCUACAAAAUAUCGAUCACGGACACGCCCAUCUUUAGUAUUGUCCAACAGCGGCGUCGACGAUGCUGCCAUGCCUCCUCCCUCAAGAACGGGAAUUCGAAGACGUCCACGCACGAACAAUCCAGACUACUUCGAUACGCUCGGAGAAAGACAUCCACAAAUCAGUAAUGAGGAAAGUCAACGGCAGAGUUACUAUAGCCAGCGUUUCCCUCACUACGACAUGGAAGACUAUGAAGCCAAACUCAGACAUGCCGCGAGUUACGCAGAAGAUGUAAGCGACUCCACAGUUCCUCUCACGGCCGAGAUCCUUCGUCGCCAGCAACGUCGGCAAGCCGGCAGCAGUCGUAGCAGCCGCAGCAGCCGCAGCAGUCGCAGCACAAAGAGCUCCAGUAGCGAUGGGUGGAAAUCUUCCAGUACAGCUCCCACAGAAUACGGAGAUGACGAAUAUGUGCCGUUCAAGGUUACAGUACAGGCUCGAGUAGUGGUAGGCGGGAACGAAAUUGAGUGUGCUGAGGGUGGAGAAAUUAACAUCCAAAGGGCUAAUGCUAAGAGACCAACUGGUACUAGCACUAGCAGCGAGGGCUGGAAAUCUCCUACGUACAACGGGUCUGAUUCUGAGACGCCCGUCCGAGUCCAAGGGACGGGGAGAGCAAUGGUGGGUGGAGCGCAAAUUGAUUACACUGAUGGAGAUAAAUGGUACGAUAGAAAGACGAGACCGCCCGGCAGGGAUAGGAGAGAGGAGGGGAAGGAGGGAAGCUACACAAGGAGCACAGAAUAUUUCGGAUAUGAUUAUUUUUAG